AGCGGCUCAAGAUGGGCUCGAUCGCGUGCUGCCCCGGCCGGUGGCCAUGAGCGGCGAGGCUCGGGCGGCAUCGCCGGCUCCUGCGCAUGGCGCUCCUGCCAGGGACUCGGACUCGGACUCCUCCUCCUCCUCGUCCAGCGCGCCCGCGGCACGGAGCUCCUCGGACUCGGGCUCGGACUCGGACUCCUCCUCCUCGCGGUCCGCGUCCGCUGCGGGGCCGGCCGCUGCAGCCGCCGAGAGGGCACGGCCAGCGGAGCCGCCCGCCGAGGCCGCCGCGGCAGAGGCCAGCCGGCAGAGCCAGCAGGGGCAGACCGAGACGUUCACCCCGAGGAUUGACCAUCCACGCGGCCCUGUGCAUGGCGAGGAUCUGGAACGAGGGGUACGGCGCACAGUGCUCGCACAAGGGCUUAAAGUGGCCGUGCGGCCGCCACCUCUGCGCGCAGCACGCGAAGGACGCGCAGUGGCGGAUCCACGGCCUCGUCGACGGCCCGAUCCCCGAGGAGAAGUUGAGUUCCUCCGCCACGUUCCGACGCGGUACGCCCUGGCGACGGGGGGAUCCGAGCGCGAUAGGGCGAGGCACCGCCGCGCCCUGGCGAGGAAGGAUGACAUCCUGGCCCAGCCAGAGGGCGGCGACCCCACCCGCCGCGGCAAGCGCGCGGAGGGCAGCGCCGCUCCCGAACCGCCGCUGCGGAAGCGCAGCCGGCGGGGCGGGGAGGCGCCCGCCGAGCGGCCGCCCGAGGCGGCCCAGCUCGAGCUCCUGACAGAGGAGGGCCUCUCGAGGAUGGAGCUGGGGGCGAUCGCGGACCUCCUCGCUGGCCCGCC